AAGAAGCUCAAAAGAAAGGAAGCUCAAAGGAUGGAGAUUCGAGGGCACAUAAACAAAGGGAAGCCUGGUAACACUAACAUCCAGACUUAUGCUAGGAAGCACAAGCAGAAAGGAAAAAGGAGUUGGGAACUUCAAAGCUACUGGUGGAGAUGCAAGCAAGAUAUGUAACGGAAGAAGAAACGGAGACAGUGAAUGCUAUUGGCAGUCAGAAGCAUGUUUCAACUGUAGGAAAACAGGACAUCAAGUUAAAGACUCUUCUGUGCCCAAACCAGAAAACAAAAGGCAGAAAGUGCAAGCUAGGAUGUUUGCAAUCACUGAACAGCAAGCUCAAAGGAACACUGUAGUAAUUAGAGGUAAGACAACUGUCCCACCUGCAGUGGCUUACAUACUGAUUGAUCCUGGUUCCACAAAUUCAUUUGUGUCACCUAGAUAUGCCACAUGCUUGCAUGUUAAACCUAUGGGUUUAGGAGGAGAACACAUGCUUGCUGAUCUGGUUUUACUUGAUAUAGAUGAAUUUGACAUCAUACUAGGAAUAGACUGGGGUGAUGAUGUGCAUACUAGUCCUAUGUUAAUUUCUUGUAUGAAAGCUACCGAAUUAUGGCAUCAUGGGCAUCAUGUUUACCUUGCCUAUGUGUUCAAAAGCAAGGGCAAGGCAGUCAGUGUGGAAGGAAACAAGGUGCGUUUUCUUGGGCAUGCAAUAUUAAUAUCUGCAGAAGGGAUUUCAGUUGAUCCAAGCAAAAUUGAGGCAAUUGUUAACUGGGAAAGAACAACAACAGUAACUGAAGUCAGAAGUUUCCUUGGCCUGGCUGAUGCUUCUUUGAAGGGUCUUGGGUGUGUCUUAAUGCAGCAAGGCAAAGUGGUUGCUUAUGGACCUAGACAGCUAAAGAGUCAUGAGAAAAAUUACCCAACUCACGACUUAGAACUAGCUGCAAUUAUUUUUACUUUGAAGUUGUGGAGGCACUGUUUGUACAGAGUGGAUUUUGAAGUGCACAAAGAUCACCAAAGCUUGAAAUAUUUAUUUUCACUGAAAGAACUAAAUCUGAGACAAAGGUGGAUGGAAUAUCUCAAAGAUUAUGACUGCAGAAUUAUUUAUCACCCAGGAAAAGGAAAUGUGGUUGCUGAUGCCCUUAGUAGAAAAACUCCAGAGAGAGUGAUGGCCAUGAUGGUGGCAGAGUGGAAAUUAUGUGAAGAAUUCAGUAACAUGGACUUAGCAAAUUCACAGGUGCAAGGGAAUGUUUUAAUUGCUGGCUUGAGAAUUCAACCAGAAUUGUUGCAGAAAAUUCAAGAAGCUCAGAAAGAAGACUCCAAGCUACAAAGGCUAAUUUCUGAUGCAGGAAGGUGUGCUAGAGUGGAAGUGCAUGUGGAUGAAAAAGGAUGCAUUAAGUUGGGAAAUAGAAUCUGUGUCCCUAGGGAUGUAAAAAUCAAGACAAAACUUCUUGAUGAAGCACAUAAGUCAAAAUUUACUAUACAUCUCAGAAUCUCAAGGAAGUACCAGAAUAUGACGAGGAAUUUCUGGCGGUUUGGCAUGAAGAGGGACGUAGCAAAUUAUGUAGCCAAAUAUCACAUUUCGAUAGAUUUCAUCAAAGGGCUACCAAGAACUAAAGCUCAGAAUGAUUCAAGCUGGGGUAUAGUGGACAGAAUAACUCCUAUGAAAGAUGGAGAACAGUUAAUUAAACUAGCUCAGCUUUAUGUACAAGAAGUUGUGAGAUUGCGUGGAGUCCCAAUGAGUAUCACCUCAGAUAGGGAUCCUAGGUUUACAGCAAAGUUUUGCAAGGCAUUUCAAACAGCCACGGGAACCAAAUUGAAUUUGAGUUCUGCUUUCCACCCUCAAACAGAUGGUCAAACUGAGAGGGUGACACAGAUUGUGGAAGAUAUUCUUAGAGGGCACCUGGACUUGCCAGGAAAAUGGGAUGUUCACUUGCCUUCGGUUGAAUUUGCAUACAACAAUAAUUAUCAAACAAGUCCAGGAAGGGAACCUUUUGAGGCAUAUUAUGGCAGAAGAUGCAGGACUCCCUUAUAUUGGGAAGAAAUCGGAGAUAUCAGAGAUAAACAGUUGUUGGGACUAGAAUUUGUUCAGGAAACAUCAAAGAAAAGUGAAAUUGAUUCGGCAAAAAGAUUGAAAGCAGCUCAAGACAGACAUGAGAGUCAAGCAGAUCAGAGAAGAAGACCCUUAGAAUUCAGAGUUGGAGUGCAUGUCCUUCUGAAGGUGUCUCCAACCAAGGGGGUGUAUAGAUUUGGGAUGAGAGGAAAACUAAGUCCAAGGUACCUUGGACCUUUCUUGAUUUUAGAAUGCAUUGGAGAGGUAGCCUACAGAGUUGCUUUGCUGCCUAAACUGUCAAAAAAGCAUAAUAUAUUCCAUGUUUCAAUUUUAAGGAAGUAUAUUCCAGAUGAAUCUCAUAAGAUUAACUUAAAGCCACUAGGGUUGAAGGAAGACUAGAGCUAUGAGGAAGAAACAAAAAUGAUUGUAGACAAGAAAAAGAAAGUCCUAUGGAAUAGAGUCAUUCCUAUAGU